AGGGGGUGGGGGCCAGCCGAUUGGAUUCUUUGGCGAAUGUGUAGAAGCGGCGGAGAGGACAACAACUUGCUGGUUUUCAGGUUGGGUUAACGGCAUGGAGAACAGUCACCCCCACCACCACCACCAGCAGCCCCCGCCGCAGCCCGGCCCUUCGGGCGAGAGGAGGAACCACCAUUGGAGAAGUUACAAGUUGAUGAUUGACCCGGCUCUGAAAAAGGGGCACCAUAAACUGUACCGCUACGAUGGGCAGCAUUUCAGCCUGGCGAUGUCCAGCAACCGCCCGGUGGAAAUCGUGGAAGAUCCCCGGGUGGUCGGAAUCUGGACCAAAACCAAGGAGCUGGAGCUGUCGGUGCCCAAAUUCAAGAUCGAUGAGUUCUACGUGGGCCCUGUGCCUCCGAAGCAGGUGACAUUUGCCAAGCUGAAUGACAACAUCCGCGAAAACUUCCUAAGGGACAUGUGCAAAAAGUAUGGGGAGGUGGAAGAGGUGGAGAUUUUGUAUAACCCGAAGACCAAGAAACACCUGGGGAUUGCCAAGGUGGUCUUUGCCACGGUCAGGGGCGCCAAGGAGGCGGUCCAGCACCUGCAUAGUACUUCUGUCAUGGGCAACAUUAUCCACGUGGAGCUGGACACCAAAGGGGAAACUCGCAUGCGCUUCUAUGAACUGUUGGUCACCGGCCGGUACACCCCCCAGACCCUCCCAGUGGGUGAGCUGGAUGCUGUUUCUCCAAUUGUGAACGAGACCCUGCAGCUGUCAGAUGCUCUGAAGCGCCUCAAGGAUGGCAGCCUGUCUGCAGGCUGUGGCUCUGGCUCCUCCUCCGUCACCCCCAACAGCGGCGGGACCCCCUUCUCCCAGGACACAGCUUAUUCCAGCUGCCGCCUGGACACCCCCAACUCCUACGGACAAGGCACCCCGCUCACGCCUCGCCUGGGCACCCCUUUCUCCCAAGACUCCAGCUAUUCCAGUCGCCAGCCCACACCCUCCUACCUCUUCGGCCAGGACCCCACAGCCACCUUCAAGGCGCGGCGGCAUGAGAGCAAGUUCACCGAUGCCUACAACCGCCGCCACGAGCAUCACUAUGUCCACAAUUCCUCCGUGGCUGCCGUGGCGGGAGCCACGACCACUUUCCGAGGCUCCUCAGACCUUCCCUUUGGCAGCGGCGGAGCCAGCAGCGGCCCCCCCUUCAAGACCCAGCCCCAGGAUUCGGCCUCCUUUGCCCACACUCCACCUCCUGCCCAAGCAGCCCCUGCCUCUGGAUUCAAGUCAGCUUUCUCUCCGUAUCAGACUCCCGCACCCCCCUUCCCCCCGCCCCCCGAGGAGCCCACCGCCGCCGCCGCUGCUGCAGCAGCCUUUGGGACCCGUGACAGCGGGGAGUUCCGGAGGGCACCCGCACCCCCACCCCUACCGCCGUCGGAACCUCCGGCCAAGGAGAAGCCGGGCACCCCUCCUGGCCCCCCACCCCCUGACCACAACAGCAUGGAGCUGGGCGGUAGGCCGACCUUCGGCUGGAGUCCUGAGCCCUGCGACAGCCCGGGCACACCCACCCUGGAGUCAUCUCCUGCGGGGCCGGAGAAGCCCCACGACAGCCUGGACUCGCGCAUUGAGAUGCUGUUGAAAGAGCAGCGCACCAAGCUGCCCUUCCUGCGCGAGCAGGACUCAGACACCGAGCUCCAGAUGGAGGGCAGCCCCAUCUCCUCCUCCUCCUCCCAGCUCUCCCCGCUCACCCACUUCGGCACCAACUCGCAGCCUGGCUUCCGCGGCCCCUCACCGCCCUCCUCGCGGCCCUCCAGCACAGGUCUAGAGGACAUCAGCCCGACACCACUGCCUGAUUCUGAUGAGGACGAUGACCUGGGCCUGGGCCUGGGGCCUCGGCCCCCCCCUGAGCCGGGCCCCCCAGACCCUAUGGGUCUUGUAGGCCAGACAGCCGAGGCGGCUUUGGACCUGGCAGGAGACAGGACCCCGACCUCAGAGAGGAUGGAUGAGGGCCAGCAGUCCUCAGGAGAGGACAUGGAGAUCUCAGAUGACGAGAUGCCCUCGGCCCCCAUCACCAGCGCUGACUGCCCCAAGCCCAUGGUGGUGACCCCAGGGGCGGGGGCCGUGGCGGCCCCCAACGUGUUGGCUCCAAACCUGCCCCUACCCCCGCCCCCUGGUUUCCCUCCGUUGCCCCCGCCCCCUCCACCGCCACCCCCACAGCCUGGCUUUCCCAUGCCCCCACCUCUGCCUCCUCCCCCGCCCCCGCCCCCGCCGUCCCAUCCCGCAGUGACAGUGCCCCCACCGCCCUUGCCAGCGCCACCGGGCGUCCCCCCGCCACCCAUCCUGCCCCCCCUGCCCCCCUUCCCGCCGGGACUGUUCCCUGUGAUGCAGGUGGACAUGAGCCACGUACUGGGUGGCCAGUGGGGUGGCAUGCCCAUGUCCUUCCAGAUGCAAACCCAGAUGCUAAGCCGGCUGAUGACCGGCCAGGGCGCCUGUCCCUACCCGCCCUUCAUGGCCGCCGCGGCCGCCGCCGCCUCGGCCGGACUGCAGUUUGUCAACCUGCCCCCCUACCGGGGCCCCUUCUCGCUGAGCAACAGCGGCCCAGGCCGCGGGCAGCACUGGCCUCCCCUGCCCAAGUUCGACCCCUCCGUGCCGCCGCCGGGCUACGUGCCCCGCCAGGAGGACCCGCACAAGGCCACGGUGGAUGGGGUCCUGCUGGUGGUCCUCAAGGAGCUCAAGGCCAUCAUGAAGCGAGAUCUCAACCGCAAGAUGGUGGAGGUGGUGGCCUUCCGCGCCUUUGACGAGUGGUGGGAUAAGAAGGAGCGGAUGGCCAAGGCCUCGCUGACGCCCGUGAAGUCCGGUGAGCACAAGGAUGAGGACAGGCCAAAGCCUAAAGACCGAAUCGCCUCGUGUCUGCUGGAGUCGUGGGGCAAGGGCGAGGGCCUGGGUUACGAGGGCCUGGGCCUUGGCAUUGGACUGCGAGGCGCCAUCCGCCUGCCCUCCUUCAAGGUCAAGAGGAAGGAGCCGCCAGACACAGCCUCCUCUGGUGACCAGAAGCGGCUGCGGCCCUCGACGUCGGUGGACGAGGAUGAUGAAGAGUCGGAACGGGAGCGUGACCGGGACAUGGCCGAUGCCCCCUGCGAACUCGCCAAGCGGGACCCCAAAAGCGUGGGCGUGCGGCGCCGGCCAGCGCGGCCCCUGGAGCUGGACAGUGGUGGGGAAGAGGAUGAGAAGGAGUCCUUGUCUGUGUCCUCCUCUUCCUCAGCGUCCUCAUCCUCGGGAUCUUCCUCCACCUCACCCUCAUCCUCAGCCUCAGACAAGGAGGAAGAGGAGCAAGAAAGCACUGAGGAGGAAGAGGAGGAAGCAGAGGAGGAGGAGGAAGAGGAGGAAGAAGGCCCCAGGAGCCACGUUUCCUCACCCUCAUCCUCGUCCACCUCUGAUAAGGAUGAUGAUGACAGUGACGACCAGAUUGAUUCUGAUAACGAUGACCAAGACAUUGCCCUGUCAGAGGCGAGUGAGAAGGACAGUGGAGACUCUGAGGAAGAGGAGACAGAGAGCAUCGCCACCUCAAAGGCCGUAGCCGAGUCGUCAUCCAGUGAAAGUUCCGAGUCUUCCGAGUAUGAAUCCAGUUCGGAGUCAUCCUCGUCCUCAUCUUCAUCCUCAGAGGAUGAAGAGGACAUGGCCGAACCUGGGGAGGAAGAGGAAGAGGAGGAGGAAAAAGAGACCGCGAUGGCCACAGCGAUGGUAGUGGCAAUGGCCGAUGAGAACAUGCCUCCGGCAGGUGGCCAGGACUUUGAGCAAGAGAGGGCAGAAGUGCCUCUGGGCCCAGGAGCCCCCAUGGGGGAGUCCUUGGGCACAGAAGAGGAAGUGGACAUUGAGGCUGCGGACGAAGUCCCCGAGAUGCAGACUCCCAUGCUGGAGGAGGCUCCCUUGCCCGUGGGUGCUCAGGAGCUGGAAGGGAGCAAAGAGCCCCGAGAAGAGCCAGUCCCAGACACACAAGAGGACAUGUUGCUGUCUCCAGAGCUCCCUGCCAGGGAGACAGAGGCCCAGCUCCCAUCACCUCCUGAACACGGUCCAGAGGAAGACCUGGAAGUGGAGCCCGAGCCUCCUCCCAUGCUGUCCUUGCCCCUGCAGCCGCCAUUGCCGCCCCCUCGGUUGCUCCGGCCCCCCAGCCCACCACCUGAGCCCGAAACCCCAGAGCCCCCCAAACCUCCCAUCCCCCUGGAGCCUCCCCCCGAGGACCAGCCUCCGCGUACGCCAGGUCUCUGUGGCACCCUGGCCAAGUCACAGAGCACAGAGACGGUGCCCGCCACCCCAGGCGGGGAGCCCCCACUGUCGGGGGGCAGCAGCGGCCUGUCCCUGAGCUCCCCCCAGGUGCCUGGCAGCCCCUUCUCCUAUCCGUCCCCGUCCCCCGGCUUGAGCAGUGGGGGCCUCCCGCGGACACCUGGCCGGGACUUCACCUUCACGCCCACGUUCCCUGAGCCCAGCGGACCCUUGCUGCUCCCCGUCUGUCCCCUGCCAGCCGGUCGACGCGAUGAGCGCUCGGGCCCCCUGGCCUCCCCGGUGCUCCUGGAGACCGGCCUGCCUCUCCCCCUUUCCCUGCCUCUGCCCUUGCCUCUGACGCUGCCCGUCCCGGUCCCCGUCCCCGUCCCUGUCCUAAGGGCCCAGCCUCGGCCCCCGACCCAGCUGCCUCCCCUGCUCCCUGCUUCCCUAGCUCCGUGCCCGCCCCCCAUGAAGAGGAAGCCAGGCCGGCCCCGGCGAUCCCCGCCAUCUAUCCUGUCCCUGGAUGGACCUUUGGUCCGGCCACCCCCAGGGCCCGCCCUCGGGAGGGACCUGCUGCUCCUGUCGGGCCAGCCCCAGGCCCCCAUCUUCCCCGGCGCACAUGACCCUCGGGCCGUGACUUUGGACUUCCGGAACACAGGGAUCCCAGCGCCCCCGCCGCCCCUCCCGCCCCAGCCCCCGCCGCCCCCGCCCCCGCCCCCCGUGGAGCCCACCAAACUGCCCUUCAAGGAGCUGGACAACCAGUGGCCCUCCGAGGCCAUCCCCCCGGGACCUCGCCGCGAUGAAGUCACCGAGGAGUACAUGGACCUGGCCAAGGUGCGCGGACCGUGGCGGCGGCCACCCAAGAAGCGCCACGAGGACCUGGUGGCCCCCUCGGCGGCCUCCCCGGAGCCCUCGCCGCCCCAGCCCCUCUUCCGGCCCCGCUCAGAGUUUGAGGAGAUGACCAUCCUGUAUGACAUCUGGAACGGUGGCAUCGACGAGGAGGACAUCCGCUUCCUGUGCGUCACCUACGAGCGCCUGUUGCAGCAGGACAACGGCAUGGACUGGCUGAACGACACCCUCUGGGUCUACCAUCCCUCCACCAGCCUCUCGUCAGCAAAGAAGAAGAAACGGGAUGAUGGCAUCCGCGAGCACGUGACAGGCUGCGCCCGAAGCGAGGGCUUCUACACCAUCGACAAGAAAGACAAGCUGAGAUACCUCAACAGCAGCCGUGCGAGCACCGACGAGCCCCCCAUGGAUACCCAGCAGGGUAUGAGCAUCCCGGCCCAGCCCCACGCCUCCACCCGGGCAGGCUCAGAGCGGCGAUCUGAGCAACGGCGGCUGCUGUCCUCCUUCACUGGCAGCUGUGACAGCGACCUGCUCAAGUUCAACCAGCUCAAGUUUCGGAAGAAAAAGCUCAAAUUCUGUAAGAGCCACAUUCACGACUGGGGCCUGUUUGCUAUGGAGCCUAUUGCUGCUGAUGAGAUGGUCAUCGAAUAUGUGGGCCAGAACAUCCGCCAAGUGAUUGCGGACAUGAGGGAGAAACGGUAUGAAGACGAAGGCAUCGGAAGCAGCUACAUGUUCAGGGUCGACCACGACACCAUCAUCGACGCCACCAAGUGCGGCAACUUUGCACGCUUCAUAAACCACAGCUGCAAUCCCAACUGCUACGCCAAGGUGAUCACGGUGGAGUCACAGAAGAAGAUCGUCAUCUACUCCAAGCAGCACAUCAACGUCAACGAGGAGAUCACGUACGACUACAAGUUCCCUAUUGAGGACGUCAAGAUCCCCUGCCUCUGUGGCUCCGAGAACUGCCGGGGGACCCUCAACUAGUCCCCAGGUGCCAAAGGCCAAGGAUGUCAGCUGUAGCCCGGGAGGACCCUCGCCCUGGGCCAGGCUCCACCUCCCACCCAUUUCAGGUGCUGUCCCUUUCCCCCCCAGCAGCCACGCUAGGGCCUGGCGCCCCCCUCUCCCUCUACCCCCCAACACUACCCCAGGACCCUCCCGCAGCCCCAGCCCCGCAGCGGGAAAGGGCUUCUCUGUCUCACCCGUGUCUUUUCCGUUGUAAAGAUGCUCUUUGCAGGCUUUCUAUCCUCAUCUGUAUCUAGCUUCCCAUCCACCCCCACAUCCUCCUCGUCUUCUCUCUCUCUCUCUCUCGCUGUCUUCGGCCUCUUUCCAGUGAAUGCUGCUCUGUUGCGAUGGCCUCUCUUUACUUUUCUUCCUUGUCCUAAGAAGAGACAUUUUAACCGUUGACAAUGUGAAGGCAGAAUCAGAGGAGGAACCCCGUGGGGGCCUGGAGGCCGGCCUCAGUGAAACUGUAUGUGGGCCCAGGGUCCAGGCUGACUCCGGCCCAGGUGCUGCAGGAGGGGGGGACUCCAGCGGCGUCCACCUCAAGAACACUACAUACCCCAGAGGCCCCCCUCUCUGCCUGCGGAUGCAGUGAGCAGACCCCCCCACAGUUUCUCCUGGCUUGUCCCCCCGGUCUGUCCCUUCCCCUGUGGUUGAGGGUGGCCUUUCCCUGAGGUAGACCCUGGGGGGGGGAGCCAAGCUGGUCCCAGACAGGAAUGUCCUUUCUGGGUGUUCCCAGCUGCCCUACCCGCCCCCCAAGUCCUUGGGUUCAAUGUUUACUUUCUCAUUCGGAUGCCAGCAACGAUGGACCCUCCUGGGGGAUCCCCAGUGCGGUGGGGGGGCACCGGGUAGGGUGCCUCUACUCCCUGCUGCCUCUACUCUGUCUGGGUGUAGGGGGUGCCAGGGCCCUGGGGUGGGGGGGCCCAGCCCUGCCAUUACGGGUUGUCCGACCGUUCGCACGUGACAUUUUUUGUUGUUGAUAAGCUUUGCCCCUGUCCCCACACCCAUGUCACCCUGCUGGCGGCCCCCACCUGGGAGGCCAGAGCGUAUUUAUUUCCAUAGUGAGCAGUUUUUUUCUUUCUUUCUUUCUUUCUUUCUUUCUUUCUUUUUUUUCCUUCCAGAGAAAGGAAAAUAGUCUUGGAAAAGAUUUUAAACCUCAAAUCUAAGUCUUAGAAGACAGCUCCUGCCCCUCCCCCCCCAGCCUCCAUCCCCACCCUUUUCAGGAUUAAUUUCCAUGAAUUUGUUUGUUUUCUUGUGUAUAAAAUCAAAACGAAGGGAAGAAAAGAAUUUUUUUUCUUUGGGCGUUCAGAACCAAUCCCUGUAGAUAGACUGCCAUAACGGACUUUUUCUCGGGAACUCUGUUUCUUGUAGAAACGCGGGAAGACUUUUUUUUUUUUCCUUAUUUCUUUGUACUUCCAAAAAAAACCAACCAACCAACCACCACCACCACCACCAACAACAACAAAAGUGACACACA